UAGCAUUUAAAUUUGUGCGCUGGAGUAAGGAGGGUGCUUUUAAAAAGCUCUUUGGAAAUUGAAUAAUUGAACGAACAUUUAAUUUUCUGUGAACGGCAAAAAUGACGGACUUUGAUUUAAAGAAUCUUAAUGAAUGUUUGGAGGAGUAUUUACCAACUGAUAAGCUAAAAGAGGUCAAACGAAUUUUGUAUGGUCUCGAAGAAGACCAAAUACUUGAUCUGCCCGAUGAUGCCACAGACAUAGCACACAAGCAUGGAUUUGAAAUUAAAGGCUAUCGGUUUAAGGCGCGAGAGGAACAAAUACGGAAGCCACGGUUGGUGCGAGUCGGCGCUAUUCAGAAUUCAAUUGUAUUGCCCACCACAGCAUCCAUUGAAGACCAACGCGUGGCGAUCUGGAACAAGGUGAAGACAAUGAUUAAGGCAGCAGCGGCGGCUGGAUGUAAUAUUGUUUGUACCCAAGAAGCAUGGACAAUGCCCUUUGCUUUCUGCACACGGGAAAAGUUUCCGUGGUGUGAAUUCGCCGAAGAGGCUGAGAAUGGUCCAACGACGAAGAUGCUCGCUGACCUGGCAAAAGCCUACAAUAUGGUAAUUAUUCACUCAAUCCUGGAACGAGAUGUAGAACAUGGCGAGACCAUUUGGAAUACGGCCGUGGUUAUCUCCAACAACGGAAAAUACUUGGGCAAGCAUCGUAAGAACCACAUUCCCCGGGUGGGAGACUUCAAUGAGUCGACCUACUACAUGGAAGGUGAUACCUUUCAUCCGGUGUUCGAAACAGAGUUCGGAAAGAUAGCUAUCAACAUAUGUUAUGGACGACAUCAUCCACAGAACUGGAUGAUGUUCGGUUUAAAUGGCGCAGAGAUUGUGUUCAAUCCCUCUGCCACAAUCGGUAGACUUUCGGAGCCACUGUGGGGCAUUGAGGCACGGAAUGCAGCCAUUGCCAAUAGUUACUUCACCGUUCCUAUCAACCGCGUUGGCACAGAAACGUUUCCCAACGAGUACACAUCCGGAGACGGUGGCAAAGCGCACAAAGAGUUCGGUCCCUUUUACGGUUCAUCGUAUGUUGCUGCGCCGGACGGUUCCAGGACACCGAGUUUAUCGCGAGACAAGGAUGGCCUGCUGGUGACUGAGCUUGAUCUUAACCUGUGCCGUCAGAUUAAGGACUUCUGGGGCUUCAGAAUGACGCAGCGUCUUCCCCUUUACGCAGAAUCAUUUAAAAAAGCAUCGGAGCCAGACUUCAAGCCCCAAAUUAUCAAAGAAUCUUCAAAACCAAGCAAUUAAAACGUUCAUAUAAAGUCCAAAAUAUAAAAAAAACCUUACAUAAAAA